AAAUGUGUGUCAAACUAGGUGAAAUAUAGGCAUGUUUUAUUCAUAUUUCACCUACCUUUUCCAUUUCCCUUUCCAAAUUCCUCCCCAAAUCCCCUAACCAAACACAGCGUAAAGCACUUUCUAUAUAUGGAUAGAUAGAAAUAACACAGGAGAGGAGAGGAUAGAUAGAGAUAUGGCAAAGAAGAACCUGUGUUUUGUUGGAUCAUUUGUUGUUGUUGUGGUGCUCAGCCUAGUCUUUUGCGCAGAAACAUUGAGCAGACAUGAGUUUCCAUUCCCUCCUGACUUUGUUUUCCGUUCAGGAACCACUACUGCUUAUCAGAGGGAGCUGCAUUCCAAGACGGAAGGACUGCUAGCAUUUGGGACACUUUUGCUCAUGCUGGUGCAAACUCUUCAACCUCUCCAGAAUCCCCCAAAUUCAAUCACAUACACAUCUCUCUAUAGUCUAUACCUAUAUAUCUACAUCCAUGAAUCUGCAAAUGAGGAAAAAAUUGAAACUUAUUGGGUUCUGUUCACUGAUCUCCAAGAUCUGUGUUAGUGUCUUUUCGGUUACGGGUGGCGCCGUCACAGGGUUACUCUAGCCUUAUCGUGAUGUUGUUGUUGUUCGAUUUGUACCCAAUCUGAUGUUUAGAUUUGUUGUCUCUUUUGUUUUGCUGGUAUUUUCAAUCUAGAAUGGUGAAUGGUGAAGUAUGAUUGUUUGCAAGAAUGGUGAAGUAUAUGCGAUUGAUGAGAGAGGGAGACAGAUGAGGAGUUUCUGAUGAAGAUCGAAAACAUUAACAUGAAAAGAAACGUAUUUUUAUUUUAUAAAAAUUUUAAAAAGAGGAAAAAAAUUAGGUUAAUGUUUGGGCGAAGAAAAAUGAAUAAUCUUAAUGUUGUUUUGAUGAUGAUGUUUGAUGUUGUUUGAUGAUGAUGUUGUGAGGUUUGAUGUUGUUUUGAUGAUGUUAUUGUGAUGUAAAAAAAGGACUAAAUGGUUUAUAAAAAAACACUCAGGACUAGAUGGAGUAACAUUUUUCCAUAUAGGACUUAUGAGUAAUUGCUCCAAUUUUUAAUCUCAAGUUAAAUAGUCAAAAAAAUUACAAAAUUAACUAAAAAAAUCAAUUAUCAAACGACAACUAAUCAAAAGUUGAAUAUGGAUUACAACUUUUUUUGAAAUAUACCUCUAGGCUAUGAUUAAAGGGAAAUUACCAUUCGGGAUCGGUCUUCAAAAAUUAUUAUAUGUUAAUAAAAAAAAUAUAUAAUUUUAACCAUUAAUAUUUAUAAUAUAUAUAUUUUUUUAAAAUAAUUUUUCAGACUAUCAUUAAUGUCACGCCCCAAGCUCCGUGACAAUGCCGUACACUCAUUUAAGUGAGCAUGCAAGGCUAAGAGUCCAACACAUAACCAACAAUGUAAAAUACUCAAAUUAAAUCCUUAAAUAUCAAAAUGCUUAAAUCUAUAAAAAUAGAUAAUUCUUAUCAUAUAAAAUUGUCCACCAAGUCCAUUAAUAUAAUCCACUAACCAAAAUAAUAAUCGAAGUACCAAGUCCAUUAAUAUAAUCCACUAACCAAAAUAACAAUCUAAGUACUUAAAUCAUAGUCCUACUCUCGGCACUCCCCGAGUAAAAAUCCCGCGUAGCUCUAUUUCUUAGAAUCUGAAAAAAUAAAUAAAAUAAGGGUAAGCUACACAACUCAGUAAAUAACCAAUCAUCAUUGCUUGCUGGAUCAAGUAUACAAAAAAAA